AUGCUGUUCAAGUGCACUGCUGCGUGCCUAUUGGCACUAGCCGUGUUUAGUAGCUUCUGUGAUGGUCAACUAGACAUCCAGCAGUCCAGGCAGGUUAUUGAGCCAGCCUUGACCUGGAAGUUCCCAGUGGAUCCGCAGGUGGAGACCCCGGGGCUCCCUACAAGCUUUGAGAUCAGAGAGCCUGUCGCAGUGAGUACUGUAGCAGUGGACUGCAGAGAGAACUUUGUCCAUGUGGAAGUGAAGAAGGACAUGUUUGGAAUAGGACAGUUCAUAGACUCUGCAGGCCUUACUCUGGGGGACUGUGCCGUGACUACAGAGGACAGCAGCGGACAGGUGUUCAUCUUUGAAAAUGAGCUGCACAACUGUGGCAGUGAGCUGACGAUGACAGAAGACUCCUUCAUCUACUCCUAUGUUGUGAACUACAACCCUCAAACACAUGGUGAGACUCCUGUAAUAAGGACAAGUAAAGCUGCUGUGAUUGUGGAAUGCCACUACCCAAGGAAACAUAAUGUGAGCAGCUUGCCUCUCGAUCCACUCUGGAUUCCUUUUUCUGCCGUGAAGGCAGCAGAGGAAUUCUUGUACUUCUCAUUGAAACUUAUGACAGAUGACUGGAUGCAUGAGAGGCCAAGCAGUCAGUACUUUUUGGGUGAUGUGAUUCACGUUGAGGCAACUGUAAUGCAGUUCUUCCAUGUCCCUCUCCGCGUUUACGUGGACAGCUGUGUUGCUACUCUGUUACCUGAUGUAAACUCCAGCCCAAGAUAUGCCUUCAUUGACAAUCACGGAUGUUUCAUUGACAGCAGAGUGACACCUUCAUCCUCAACAUUCAUGUCCCGCACAGCAGAGAACAAACUUCGCUUCCAACUGGAGGCUUUUAGGUUCCAGGGAGCGGAAUCAGGACAGAUCUAUAUAACCUGUCAUCUGAAAGCCACAACUACAGCUCAUAGCAUUCAUGAACUGCAUAGAUCCUGUUCCUUUACAAGCAAUAUGUGGAGGGAAGUCAAUGGAGCUGAUGCGGCUUGUGGCUCCUCGGUUCUACUGGCGGUCGAUAUGGGGGUAGCGGCGGCUCUGGCUCAAAUCAAGGCGGGUCUGGGUCGAGUGGUGGGUCUUGGGGCUCUACUGGUGGUUCUGGGCAGACAGGAGGCUCUGGGCAAGGUUGGGGUUCAGGUGGCAGCGGUUCCAGAGGGGGCCAAGCGUCCGGGUCUUGGGGCACGACUGGUGGCUCUGGGUCACAGAAUCAGGGAGGGCAGGGUCAAGGGGGAACCAGUUGGGGCACAACUGGUGGCUCUACAACUCAAGGCUCUGGGUCUUCUAGUUGGGGUUCGACUGGUUCUUCUGGUUCAGGGAGUCAGGGCUCUGGGUCUUCCAAGUGGGGCACGACUGGUGGGUCUAGGUCACAGGAUCAGGGAGGACAGGGCCAAGGGAGUUCCAGUUGGGGUACGACUGGUGGCUCUACAAGUCAAGGCUCUGGGUCUUCUAGUGGGGGUUCGACUGGUUCUUCUGGUUCAGGGAGUCAGGGCUCUGGGUCCAGCAAGUGGGGCACGACUGGUGGCUCUGGGUCACAGAAUCAGGGAGGGCUGGGUCAAGGGGGAACCAGUUGGGGCACAACUGGUGGCUCUACAACUCAAGGCUCUGGGUCUUCUAGUUGGGGUUCGACUGGUUCUUCUGGUUCAGGGAGUCAGGGCUCUGGGUCUUCCAAGUGGGGCACGACUGGUGGGUCUGGGUCACAGAAUCAGGGAGGACAGGGCCAAGGGAGUUCCAGUUGGGGUACGACUGGUGGCUCUACAAGUCAAGGCUCUGGGUCUUCUAGUGGGGGUUCGACUGGUUCUUCUGGUUCAGGGAGUCAGGGCUCUGGGUCUUCCAAGUGGGGCACGACUGGUGGGUCUGGGUCACAGAAUCAAGGAGGGCAGGGCCAAGGAGGUUCCAGUUGGGGCACGACUGGUGGCUCUACAAGUCAAGGCUCUGGGUCUUCUAGUGGGGGUUCGACUGGUUCUUCUGGUUCAGGGAGUCAGGGCUCUGGGUCUUCCAAGUGGGGCACGACUGGUGGGUCUGGGUCACAGAAUCAAGGAGGGCAGGGCCAAGGGGGUUCCAGUUGGGGCACAACUGGUGGCUCUACAAGUCAAGGCUCUGGGUCUUCUAGUUGGGGUUCGACUGGUUCUUCUGGUUCAGGGAGUCAGGGCUCUGGGUCUUCCAAGUGGGGCACGACUGGUGGGUCUGGGUCACAGAAUCAAGGAGGGCAGGGCCAAGGGGGUUCCAGUUGGGGCACGACUGGUGGCUCUACUACAAGUCAAGGCUCUGGGUCUUCUAGUGGGGGUUCGACUGGUUCUUCUGGUUCAGGGAGUCAGGGCUCUGGGUCUUCCAAGUGGGGCACAACUGGUGGGUCUGGGUCACAGAAUCAAGGAGGGCAGGGCCAAGGGGGUUCCAGUUGGGGCACGACUGGUGGCUCUACUACAAGUCAAGGCUCUGGGUCUUCUAGUUGGGGUUCGACUGGUUCUUCUGGUUCAGGGAGUCAGGGCUCUGGGUCUUCCAAGUGGGGCACGACUGGUGGCUCUGGGUCACAGAAUCAAGGAGGGCAGGGCCAAGGGGGUUCCAGUUGGGGCUCGACUGGCGGCUCUACUACAAGUCAAGGCUCUGGGUCUAGCAAGUGGGGCACGACUGGUGGCUCUGGGUCACAGAAUCAGGGAGGGCGGGGUACAACUGGUACAACUGGUUCAGGGGUUCAGGGUGGGUCCACGGGCUCUAGCUUCUGGGCACAGAAAUGGGAAAGGCAACAGUCUGGAGGUAGUGGAACUGGCGGUGGAUCAUCUGGUAGUGGGGGUAGCGGCGGGUCUCACUGGGGUGGGCACCGGUAUCCGCUAUGUUACCGUCAUGAAAGAGGAGGAUGGUGAUACUGUCGUAACUAACGUCCAGAGGCACGCCCGGGAUGUGUCUAAGGUCCAAUCUGUCGUAUGGGAAGGAACUGUCACUCUGGGUCCUAUGGGCAUCCGCGAGAAAGAGAUCAAAGCCUAG